ACACGGGUGCACUACAGUCGUAUCAUAUCACGUUUCAUACUCACAAGCGCGUUCAAAUUCGAAGAAACUGAAAGCGCAAGUUGCGCAACACAUACUAAACGCAAAGCAAUUUCUUGAGAAAGCUCAAGGAAACCUCCUCCUUCGGUCGGCGAAGGAGAACAGGUUCAUUUUUUCUUUCCGAAUUUCUAUAUAUUAUGUAUGGUAUAUACAUGCCUGUUCUCCUCCUACGCAAACGUUUAGUUGCUCCUGGUAGGUUUUCUUGAACAUUACUGAUCGCUCACGUCCUUUACCUAUCCCAUUCGGCGAUAGUGGGGAUUGAUCACUCGGUCUUUGAUUCAUUCAAGUGGGUUUCUUGGGAUUGAAGGGUUAUGCAGUAUUUGGUCAGACUCGUGGCAUUUUAGAUCGAAAUUCGCAAAUCAAUCCUGCCUUUCUCAAAUGAUGAAUUUGCUUCAUGCUAACGGGACUGAAAUGGGUUGCUAAUAUUUAGUCGAAGUUUUGUUUUUUCUUGUUGAAAUAUUCGGUUUAAUUGGUAAACUUUAGGUGGGCAAUGGUGUUUUUGGAGAGUUGUUACAAUUGAAGGCAGGAUUUUGGAUAUUUUAUCUGCUUAAGCCAGCUGCUCUGUGCAUCGUUGAUGUAUAUUGUUGUCAUUGACGAGGAGGAUCGGCUUGCGAACCUACCCACUAGGUUUCUGGGUGUUCUCAGGCCAUUUUGCCUGACAUUUGAACAAAAAGUCUUUUCGUUUCGUAUUCCAAGAGAUAGAUGGGAUAAGGAGUUGUUUAAGCUGCAGGGUGGCUAAUUAAAAAAUUCUUGAAUUUAAAAGGUUGUGGUAGUGAACUUAGUUUUAAGGGAUUGUAGAUGGGUUCUUCAGAAGGAUCUGUGUUGUCAUCAAAUGUUGCAAGGCUUAUAGAUGGUUCACCAGCUCGCAAAGAGGUGUCAUACCUUGAUGGUAUGCCUGUUUAUGUUAAGGAGCUGAUUGCUGGAGGUGCAGCUGGAGCAUUCGCUAAAACUGCUGUUGCACCCCUGGAACGGAUCAAAAUACUCUUGCAGACAAGAACAAAAGGGUUUCAUUCUCUUGGGGUGUUCCAAUCUUUGAAGAAGUUACUGAAGCAUGAGGGAGUCCAAGGAUUCUACAAAGGAAAUGGAGCUAGCGUUAUUCGGAUUGUUCCAUAUGCAGCCUUACAUUUCAUGGCAUAUGAGCAGUAUCGGUGUUUGAUCUUGGACAACUAUUCUGCCUUAGGAUCAGGGCCCCUUAUUGAUCUUUUAGCUGGUGCAGCAGCUGGAGGAACAGCUGUUUUAUGCACAUAUCCUUUAGAUCUGGCUCGUACUAAACUUGCUUAUCAGGUUGUUGAGUCUGGAGGAAGUAUCAAUUAUCACAUGAAGAAUAAUCAUGCUCAACCUGCAUAUAAUGGCAUAAGAGAUGUACUUAGAAGUGUGUACAAGCAAGGAGGAAUGCGUGCACUUUAUCGAGGUGUAGGCCCAACACUCAUUGGUAUCCUUCCUUAUGCUGGGCUAAAGUUCUACAUAUAUGAGGAACUCAAGAGGCAUGUUCCUGAAGAGCAUCAAAAGUCCAUUGUGAUGCGUCUUUCCUGUGGAGCUCUAGCUGGUUUAUUUGGGCAGACCUUCACAUACCCACUAGAUGUUGUUAGGAGACAGAUGCAGGUCGAAAGUUUGCAACCUUCGGUACAAGGAAAUGCCAGAUACAGAAACACAUUGGAAGGUCUCACUGUUAUUGUUCGUAAUCAAGGAUGGAGACAGUUGUUUGCUGGUCUAAGCAUUAACUAUAUGAAGAUUGUUCCUUCUGUUGCGAUUGGUUUCACUGCAUACGACAUGAUGAAGUCUUGGCUCCAAAUUCCACCUCGACAGAAGACUCGAUCAAUAUCUGCUUCCUAAAAAAUGGAUCCGUCCCAUGGCUACUUGUGGGUCAAAUCUCAAGCAACUAAACUGGGUGAGAGUCCAGAUUAGUAGCUUGGAGUCCAAGUCUGUUGAGAUUCUAGCACUUUGCACUUACUUUCAUCAAAGCUGUUUGCUUGAUUUAUUGGAUAAAUGCAAUUUGUGAUAUGGAUACCUUCAAUGUUUUCAUAUGUUCUGUCUUGAUUUUCACUGUUGAAUCUUGAGAUUCAUUCUUGCUCAAAACAUAUACUGUUUUCGAGCUAAGUUAGGGCAUAGUAUAUAAUAUUUGAAUCGAGGUUUGCAACU